ACGCGGCCUACAUGUGUGAUCUUCAUCCUCUUCACCAUCCAUCUCCCCUUCAUCCUACUACCGCAUUCUGUGUCGAGCGGGCGCGAGCAAGUCUGCGACCCGCGCUGUCGACCGUCGAUGUCGCUGCGCUUGUAACGUCAUCGAGUUCCGUCCCCUGUGACACCGCUGCGAGCGUCGCUGGUGUUCACUCCAGUAGCUACAGACGCCGGAGAUACCUUCCUCCAAUUUUCCUCUCAGCGGCCGUCUUUUGGAGGCUGCAGUGUCCGCAAAAGUGUGAACAGUGACCUUUUGGAAAUAGCUUUCGGUUUAUCUGGCCAAGUGAGUUUUUUUGUAAUUAGAGAGCAGAUUUUUUGCGGUUUCCUAAUCGACUUCCUGGACUACACAGCGGCGGCUUAGAGAUCUGCGGCCGGUCGAAUUUAAGUGGCACAGUGUCUCAAGAGGGUACUUCACUUGAUGUGAUAACAUUCAGACAUCGGAAAAAUGUUAGCAGCGUGAGCUGUGUCCCUUGAGGUGGAGGAUCCUGUUAUCUAGUGGUGUAGAACAGUCCUCACUGUCCUAGAUACAGAACUCUCGUUCUUUAUGAAGGUUUUGUCUUUUAUUUUUGGUUUUCUCUAUCACCACAAUGUAAGUUCGUAGUCACGGGUGUCUGAGUUGCCGGGUGGACAUGGCGGUGCCUUGGAACUUCACUCUGAACGUGAACCUGCAGGAGGGAGCCGAGCAGCAGUUGGAGUUACUGCAGGAAGUGGCUUCGCACCCCAUGCUUGAAGACGAGAAGGUCUUGCGGCAAGCGCUGUACCGCUACGAGAACUACUGGCUCCCCCUAGCGGCCAAGCAUCCGGCCGAGACGCUGGCAGCGCCGCUGGAUGUCGAGUGGAUCUGGCACUGCCACAUGCUGUCUCCGCUCAACUACCAGCACGACUGCAGCCAGCUGGCUGGCCGCAUCAUCAGCCACAAGCUGUACAGCGCCGUGGAGCGCCGCAAGCAUCAACAGAAGGCGCGAUCCCUGUGGCAGGUAGAGUACCCGCAGGAACCCUAUCACCUGGACCUGGAGACGGCGUUUUGCGGCACCCAGGAGGACGCCUACACCCGCCUCUCCUGCGACAUCCUGGGCGCCGCCUUCCGGCAGAAAGUGUUCUACUACCAGGUCAGUCUUCCUCAUUAUCGAGACGCUCAGUUCCUGAGCGCAGCGGAACUACGGUACAAGCGGUUCCUGUUCCUCAAGCAGCAGAAUCCGGACAUGGCCAUCGUUCCGUGUUAUGACAUCGAUCUGAUGUGGCACACGCACCAACUGCACCCUCUGGCCUACAAGAUUGACACGGAGACAAUCCUGGGUUGGACCCUCAUCCACGAUGACACCGUCAUCGACCGCAGCCCGGGGUUCAAACUGUCCAAAGUCGACGGCAACACGGUGGACCUGUGGCAGAGCACCUUCGAACACAACUUCGCCGUGUGCGGCGCCAUGUACAGAGGAGAGCCCCCUAGCGGUAAACUUCACGCCCUGACGCCGCAGCAGAAUUUCAUGGCGUCAACGAAGACGGCCACGUUCACCAUCGAGAAGGUGGAGAUCCAGGGUUUGCCCACGCUGGAAGGGAAACUAGUGCUGAAGAUCUACGCCGGCUGCAACGAACGGGUCGGCAAAUGCAUUGCCACCUUCCGAGGCGAGCCACCCUGGCAGAGCAAGGAACUUCCGGAGGCCUCCUUCGAGACGGAUGCCGUAAACUUUCUCAAGAUCCGCGCCAUCGACCAGGCCGGCGUGCUGGGCUGCUUCGGGAGUCAGGAGGUCGUGGGUGAGCGGGACGUGGACCUCAGGCCGACGCUGGACUCGCUGACACACGAGACAUCGGUCGAGCACGCGGUGACCCUGUCGCAGGGUCACAAAAUCCUCACGGUGCAGAUUACUACGCACUUCUGCUGGCCCCAGCGGGGCCACGUGCAUCUUUUUCUGAGGCCCGCCGCCUUCUCGCAGGCCAUCACACCAGAGAACCCGCAGACCCUUUGGGGGCCCGUCCCGCUCCGAGAACUGCCACUCGGUGCCGACAAGUUUUGCCAAGUGGCCACUCACAGCUUGGUGAACCAUUCCGAGUCUGUGGUGAUGACAUGUCGGGUGGUGCACAGUCAGCCGCUGCUGCAGUCCGCCGUGCAGGUCUUCUACCAGGAGAAAAUGGCAGCCGUGGCGCACCUGGUGGGACUGGAGCAACUACCACUUCCUACGCAGGUGUCUGACCCAAGACGAAUGCCGUAUCUCAACCCCAAAGCCGGUGAGCGCGCAGUGCUGAUAAAGAACCACAUAGGUGACUGGGCUCUGGUCAUCGGGCGAUGGACAACAUAUAGAAAAACGGCCUCCAGGAUUGGAAGUAGAAGAGGCAGGGACAAUCACCCGGGCCAGCUGAUGGUGCGGGUGCGGCCGAUGGCGGAUUACGGGUGGCGUGAGCUCACGCUGUCGUAUCAAGACCAGCAGUGGUCCUUCCAACUGGGAGACCUGCACGCUGACCUCAAGAACGGUUUCAUCCACAUCAGCGAUCCGGAUUGCCAGGACGUGGCGGAGAAGGUUGCCCUGGCCUUCAGCGUCUCCCUUCUGCACGUGCUGUGCGCGCCGCGGCCGGCCGGAUGGAAGCGUGGCCUGCCGCUCAGACCGACUGCCAGCAAACGGGGGACACGGACAGGGCGGUUGAUCCCCUCGGAGGACAUGCCCUUCGUGGUGGCGGCCGGUAUGCUACAGGACACACCUACCAACGGCUACAUUCGACGGACGUUCGGGAACGCGCUGGGCGCGGCGGUGGAAGGCGAGAUCCUGCUGGGACUGACUGCAACAGAGAACCAGUUGUGUCGGCCCGAGGAUGGCAUCGGCGGGCUGUGGGCUCACCCCAGCACUGGGUGCAACGAGAACCACGGUGAGACUUCCAACGAGCUGACUGUCCCCGACGGGAGUCCUCACGGUAACGGAACCAGUCCUGACCGCAGCAAGGAAGACAACACCAGCUACAAAAGUGCUGAUGGUCGCGAAAACGAGACGGGAGAGGACACUGCUGGGAAAGAUAAAUCCGAGGUUGGAUAAAGGAUCGGCAAAUAGACCGUGUUAACCGAGAUGAACUUUUGUUCUUGCGUGAGUUGGUGGACUAACCCCACCCCUACCCUUUUUAAAGAAAUGAAAUUAAAGAAACAGCGAACAUCAGAACACUGUGCAAACAACACUCUUAAUGCCAAAUCACCGGGAUGUUUUAACAACCCGUGCUUUGUCUUUGACAUUUACAAACCAUUUAUUUUUUUAUAGUUGGCAACUUUGUUGUAUCUGUGUCUUUUCACACAAUAAAUGUGCACACCACUGGUUUUCGAAUUUAUAAAAACAUUCUCAUUGGAAUGAGAACCUUCCUCUUGAAGAACCCAGAGGAAGUGUAACACGGAAGAAAUUGUUGUAGCUUGUUCUUUAGGAAUGUAUGUGUCUACAAACCACGCCUUAAUGUCUGCAUGCAGCACUGCAGCGGUGGACAAAACUUUCAGCAGCUUCAUGGAUGCCACGCCCGACCUUGUGACUUGCUACAUUUUAAACAUAACAUUCUCUGGCACAGACCCCUGUCAUGUUUGAGGCACGAAAGAGCUACUAAAAAAAUGGAGAUGCAAAGUUGUGUAUGUCAUUGUCAUGCUCAUAUUUUAUACAACUUCAUCAUGAACAGCGUGCUUACUUGUUCAGAUGUUUCAAUAUUUUUCCAACUUUUAUUACGCACUUAUUUGUCCUGUGAUCAAUUGACACUUUCUGCUUAGUCAUCUUAGUUUCGUAUAAGCAACUUUUUCAUUACCCCAAAGCAGAAUUUUUCAGGCAGUGAUGUUGGUGUAAUGGCCCGUGGAUGCUACUUUACUCCUAGGUCGUAGUCAUAAAUCAGAGUGGUAUUCAGUCUAUUAACAUUUAUUUGGCUGGCAUUGUCAUUACAGCGAUGUCUUCUUCAGUAAAGUGUUUACAGACUGAAUACUACAAACGAUGGUAUUGAUGUCCUGGGGUGAAUCAACAUAAAGCAAGACCGGGAAGUUUAGACAUUACUUCUUCACGGAAACAAGACCCUUGUCCUUGAUUUCCCCAGGUCGUGUCUUGUCCUCUGGACGAUGAACACAUGCUAUCUUGACAGACUACCACUCACUUGUGUGAUUUAAAUGAUCGUGUUAAAUGGUGCAGACAGAAAUAGGAAAUAGGAAAAGUGAACUCAAUGUAAAACGCUUAAAGGCUAACCCGAGAGUAAAAUUACGUUGGAUGAAUAUUUUACUUCGCUUACAAGUUACAAAAUCUAAUUAAAUCAUUUUUUUUCUAGAGAUUCAGUUCUUGGAACAUUGCAACUAUAGCGUGGGUUUCGGGAAAUAAAUCAAGAACUCGUUACACGUAAAUGUCGUUUGCUGAUUAGGCUAUAAUUCGUCAGGUGUUCGAAAGACUAAGGUUGAGACCUCACGCAAGUAAUACAAAGUUAGGUAAACCUAGGUGUACUUUUCUAUAAAAAAAAAAUGGACAUUCACUGUGCAUUGUUUUAAUUAAUAGUUGUAAGCUCAUAUAGCUUUCUAGAAACUACAAGCCAUAAUUUCUUUUUUUUUCAACCUCGGGUUAGCCUUUAACAGCCCAGACAUAAACAAUUCUAUCUUCAUUUUGUCUUCCGCUCUUGGUGUGUACACAUAUAAGUAUUUCAUUCAUUGUGUCUGAUUUUAUAGUUAUUUCAUGAGAUACGUAGACCUAGGUGCUUCAUAAAAUGAAGAUAAAGCGAUUCUUUGAAGUAAAUUUAACUAUUCUUUCCUCUAGAAGUGAUUUGCUGGAGCUCUCUUUUAUCAACUACUUAAAAGGUUCGGGGUUUUGAAAGGUUAAAAAAAAUUAAUGGUCAUUUUUUAAAAAUACAUAAUA